CCCCGCCGCCCCGCGCGGGAGGAGGAUGAAGGAGAUGAAGCAGCGGAGGAAGAAGGAGCGCACGUGGGCCGAGGCCGCCCGCCUGAUGGCUUAAGGCUGAGCGGGAAGAACCGGAGCCUCCGGGGAGAGGCCUGGCCUGAAGUCCAGGCAGUGCCGCUGUCAAAAGUUUCUGGUUUAAUUACCAAGGCCGCAGGUUUUCUCCAUGCACCAGACCUGCCCAAAACGCGGGCAGGGUGAGCGGCAUGCCGGUGCCCCGGGGUUAGACCCUCGCCACGCUCGGACGUUAUUUUGUCACUUUUGGUUUUAGGAGACGUGGCCGCGGGUAUGGCUUAGUCUUUUUGUCUUUGAGAAUCUGCUUGUUGAAAGCUUAAACUUCCAGACGCAGGUCUGCUUUGAUGGUGUUUGUGUAGGUCUGUUGGAACACUGCUGCCAUUUGGCCAUCGCAGUGGGAGAAGGAUAAAUUCCCUCCAUGAAGUGUUUAAAGCCCUAUCUGUCUUGAGCCCCAUUUAUAACCUAGGAAAUACAAAAAGAAAAGUAACUUCGGUGUCUUUCAGGUAGCGAGCGUGAACUAGUCAGAAGCUUUAUUUAAGGGGCGCACUUGGAGGUGUUGAGGCUUGUUGCUCGGCACGGAGCGCCGAUGGUCACCGCUGUCUGCUUCUGUGGCUGGCUGGAAGGAGUCUGCUCUCUUUGGCCUCUGCCUGGGAGCUGCUGUCUCUCGGUGACACGGUGACGCAGAUCUGUGCAGGUACAGGAGUGCCAGUACAUGGAGCGAGGGAUGAUCUGACCGCCCGCAGCCAGCGUGAACGGAUCUCUGCGGUUUCCUCCCCGUAGCCCUGUCAGUGGUCCUCGACUUGUGAGGAUGUGGGUCUACUUGCUGUGUGGUGUAUGGACUUCUGUAGAAAUGGAUUUACAGGGCUUGAGGGGGUUUUGUUUCCUUGCUUUUUCUUUUGUGUGUGUGUGUGUUUAUUUUGUUUUUUGCUUGGCACGGUUAUGCGUUGGAGCACAUAAACAUUCAGAAAGAACAGUGUGGGUCAGUCCAGCUGAGACUCGUGCCUGGUAAUGAGGAUGUUCGGGAUAGGUCUUGGUGCUCCUUCUGAGUAAGAUUUGUUUGGCUAUCAGAAUGUUUUCUUACUGCUUGCCAGGAGGAAACCUAAUCAGACAAGCAUCUCUCUUCCAGCAACUUGCAUAAUCUUUUGUGUGUAAAUUAUAAUAUUUUAGACCCACAUGACUUUUCUUGAAAAACUGGAGAAGGGCAUAAGCCAGCCACUGUAGAACUUCACUGGAGGAGUCUGGUGGUCUAGUACCUCAUCGUGCAUUUCUCUUUGAGAUCCUGAUUCUGUGAGCCAAGUGUGUCACUGCAGGUGGCAGGGAUGCUUUCCUGGUAGGUGACCUCGGGGGCAGAGGCAUUGCUAGGUCACCUUGCACAAAGUCACCUCGUUCAAAUGUCCUGAGCUCUAACAGGUGAAAAAAAAUCAGUAUUUAUAGGCUGCUCAAAGCAGCACAUGAGACAGUGACUCUAAAGCAGUCUCCUAAUACACCUCCUCACCCUCACAUGAUGGGAAAGGGAUCUCUUCACGCAGUUCCUCUCAUUUGGCCAGAACCUCAGGCACAGGCACAGUGGGUGCAUGAGGUGUCUAAGCCUCAACAGCAUCUUAGAGCCAUUGAUGAACCAGAAAUAGAACGAUCUCAUACUAGAUUAUCCACUUAGAGAGACCCGCAGUUGCGUAGCUGCACUUCCAGCUUGCAGGACUGAUUGUAAAUCCACUAAAAAUAGAUCUUUAUUUAACACUAGUCUUACACAUGCUCCCUGUCAAAAUGCUUUAAAUUUUCCUUUCUGACGUGUGCUGUUGUAUUUUGUAUUCCUCUCGAUGUUUCUGAGAAUCAUAGGCAAAAGUGCUUUUCAGUGUUGCUGCUCCUACAGAGCUAAUACUAUGCAUGUUCCAUGAAAUAAGCCUUCAAAGAUUGAUUUGAACACCCAGAGCCAUAGGACUAUUCAACAAGUGCUAUCGGAGCUAGACGUCUAGUAAAUUAAUUGGGGGAGUGAUGUAAACUUCCAUAAUUAGGGGCAUAGGGACCCUUGACUAUCAGUAUUAUAAAUAGGGGGGGGGGGGGGAGUAAAUCUUUUUUGGGGGUAAAGAAUAGCUAACGUUGUUUAAGUUGUAGCUCCUGAUACAAGAUUGACGUUGACACAGGCAGUGUCAGGUUGGAGAGGGAUGGAGGGCCAGUGCUGGAGACUGAGCUUUGGUGGCUGAAGCUGCAACGUCUUCUCUCCCCCAGUUCUUCCAUUAAGCAGUCUGUACACUUAAUAUAGCUGUUGAUUGGAAAUUGUUCCCCUGAGCGUAGAUUCUUUUAUCUUUAUGUAAAUGCUCGUUCAUGCUCCGUUUUAGGCUGUGUAUUUUGCUUGCUGUGUCUGUCACUUGAGAGAGGUUUUAUAAGCUGUGAAGAAUUUCCUUAUUUUUCAGAACAGGCAUGUUCCAUCUUGUGGAUCUUGCACUCAACUUGGGAGUGAUGUGUUUCCCCUUGUCAGCUGUCUGCUCCGUUUGAAUGACAGGGGGUGACAGUUCAUGAGGAAGGCAUGGAAACAUCAUAACCUAUGGAGGUUUUUUGGUUAGUGGAAGAAAAAGUGCGAUGGAGCUGGAAUUAAAAUUGUUUACUUUCUCUGAAUAUGGCUUAUCACUUUCUUUGAUCUUUUCUUUAAAUUCUUUGUGUUUUAUCUCAGGUUACGUACUUCUCAAAUUUCUGUCCCCUACCAGGUUAGCACCACCGAUGCUUGCGAUCUUCAAGCAUCUGAAAAAUACACAUUUGGUGGAUAUGAUUUAAGAAAUUCCUUUUAUCACAAAACAUAGUUGAAGUGCAGAACUACAGUGACGUGGGUUGGGUUUUUUCUUUACUUGUGGAGGCCAGAGAUGGUACAGAGAUGCAAAUGGUGUCCUACAGAACACUUUUUUUUGCAAAUGUCCUGUUCAUGCGACUUUAGAAGGCAGUCAGCAGGCUCUGUGCCUUGCCACAGUGCUGUAGUGACUCAGUUCUAGAUGUUGCUGAUAUAAAUGGGACAUUUGGGUUCCUCCACUGGCUUCUCACACAAGUCAAACUGAAAGACAGUUUGCUGUUGCUGACUAUUCUAAUGCAUGGUGACAAAUGAAAUCAGGAUUGUGCAUCAUUGUGGCCAUUACGUUAGGGGAAUUUAGACCACGGUUACGUUCAAAAAGUUCCCGAGUGAAUACCCCUUGCUGCUUUUCUUGGACGUUUCAGGCCGUGUUGAGUGCCUAUAUCGCAGUCUUUUUGCUGGAUCAGACCCAGAAGUCUGUUGAGUUCAGCGUCUUUUGCAUUCAGAGAGCAGUGCUGUCCGCUUCAAUGGAAAGCGCAGGAGGCAGCGCAUGUUGGGCAGCUGUAGGGUAAUCUGCUCCCAAAGAAACAUCGUGGUUUACAUCUACUGCGGCUUAUUUUUGUUCAUUGUUUCCUGUUUAUGUGGGUAAUCUUCUUAUCCACAGAAAUGUCUGGUCCUCUUCUUGAACCCAUGAGUUCUUGCUUCUAGACAUUUUGGAGCAGUAAGUUCCAUGGGCUUUAAAAAAAAAAUGUAAUAGCCUCUUUAGUUCUUUGCAUAUAAGUGGCAAUUCUAUUCUUCAUAUAAUAUAUGAAAGGAGGAGUUGUUAUUUAUUGUAUUGCCUUUUUAAUAUCUGAUUUUACUUGUUUUCUUUCAAAGGCAAGCACUCCAAAUCUUUUUAGUGUCUCUAGCCGUAAUUUUUUUCCACAUCCUUUACUGUUAUUGUUGUCCUUUUCCGAAUUCUGUCCUUCUCUGACAAGAAUUCUGACUCUUACCUGUGGUACCCUUCUUGAGAUGGAGCGAAGAUGAAAUGAAUCCAGUAAUCCAAGGAAGGUGCUGGAAAAUUACUCUGAUGCUCCUAUGACCCCAAAACAGAUUCUGCAGGUCAUAGAGGCUGAAGGACUAAAGGAAAUGAGUGGCACUUCUCCCCUAGCCUGCCUCAAUGCCAUGCUCCAUUCCAAUUCAAGGGGAGGUGAUGGACUCUUUUACAAACUGCCUGGACGCAUCAGCCUUUUCACGCUCAAGAAGGAUGCCUUGCAGUGGUCUCGGACUCUGUCUGUGCCAGAAGGGGAGGAGCUGGAGGAUACGGCAGAUGCAGAAAGUUGCGAAUCCAAUGAAGCAAGCACUGUGAGUGGUGAUAAUGAUGUGUCUCUUGAUGAAACCUCCUCUAAUGCCUCAUGUUCCACUGAAUCUCAGAGCAAGGGACCUGCUGCUACCAGGGAGAGCUACAGAACCGCCUCCCAGACAUCCAAACAAAAGAAAAAGACUGGUGUAAUGCUGCCACGUGUUGUCUUAACACCACUGAAAGUAAAUGGGGCACACAUGGAGUCUGCCUCCGGCUUCACAGGAAGGCAUGCUGAUGGGGAGAGCAGUAGCACAUCCAGCAGCAGCAGCAGCUCUUUGGCCCUGUGCAAAGCCACCUUGCGUAGUAGAACAGAAAUAAACAGGGAUCCUCCACAGCUUUUGAGAGGCAUCCGAAAGCCCACAGCUGGGCAAAUGAAACGAAACAGGGGUGAGGAUAUUGACUUUGAAACGCCUGGUUCCAUUCUUGUCAAUACAAACCUGCGAGCUCUGAUAAACUCCAGAACCUUUAAUGCGCUCCCAUCGCACUUCCAGCAGCAGCUUCUUUACCUCCUUCCAGAAGUUGAUAGACAGGUUGGGGCUGAUGGGCUGAUGCGUCUCAGUGGCAGUGCUCUGAAUAAUGAAUUCUUCACCCACGCUGCACAGAGCUGGAGAGAACGACUAGCUGAUGGUGAAUUCACUCAUGAGAUGCAAGUUCGAAUUCGGCAGGAGAUGGAAAAGGAAAAGAGAGUGGAGCAAUGGAAAGAGAAGUUCUUUGAGGACUACUAUGGACAAAAGUUGGGCUUGACCCAAGAAGAAUCCCAGGAGCAGAAUUUGGUGCAAGAAGAUGCUGAGAACAGGACAGGACUGUCUGUUAAAGGAGAAGCAAGACUGCCACGUGGUCCUUCUACACGGCAGAGAGAUGGGCACUUCAAAAAACGCUCCCGGGCUGACCUGCGAUGCAGAGCCAGGAGGAGCCUGUACAAAUUGCGUGAACCUGAGCAAACGGAGGCUUCCAAAGAGACCGCUUCUGUGGGACCAGAUUCCUCUCUUCAUAAAGAGACAAAGCCUGAGAAAGACCUGAAGAAAGAUGAUCUGACGAGCCCUUCGGCUGCAGUACUGAAGCCAGAGAGUUCAGAAUUGCACCUCUCUCCAGAGACUUCCAAAUUACACAGCAAAUCAGAAGAUCUGUCAUUGGCAGCUGCAAACAGAAUUCCCAGUUUGCCCCAGGAGAACUCUGCUCGGGAUUCCAAGGACCAGAAGAGGAAAUGCUUUGAGGAGGCUGCCUCUGCGUCCUUCCCCGAAAAGAAGCCCCGGCUUGAAGAUCGUCAGUCCUUUCGUAACACAAUUGAAAGUGUUCACCCAGAAAAGCCACAGCCUACUAAAGAGGAGCCAAAAGUCCCACCCAUCCGGAUUCAACUUUCACGUAUUAAACCACCCUGGGUGGUUAAAGGUCAGCCCGCUUACCAGAUAUGCCCCAGGAUCAUCCCCAACACGGAGCCCUCCAGCCGGGGCAGGACUGGGGCCAGAACACUCGCAGACAUUAAAGCCCGUGCUUUGCAAGCCCGAGCCCAGCGAGAAGCUGCUACAGCCGCCAUUGGAGGUGGGGGUGGCCCAGGUGGAGGGAGAAGUACUGAUGAAGGAGGUGGUGGAGGAGAAUCCAGCAGCCAUACAGAGCACCGGAGAUCAAAGAGAGCUCAUGGAAAGCGUUCGUCAGAUCUACAACGAACACAAUUACUGUCGUCUCUCCAUGUGAAUGGAGAAAAGGCUAACUCUGAGGUGGCUGCUCAGGAGGCCAACACAAAUUCCUUCCUCUCUUCAAGACAAGACCCCUUUUCUUCAAAGAGUGAGGGAAGUGGUGAUCUGGAACGCGCUGCAGGCACUAGCUCAGGGGAAGCUCAACCUGGUGAUGGUUCACCUAGAAGGCAGUUCUGUGAUGCUUUGACUGGGUCAUCCUUAAACAAUGCAACUUCUGAGAGGCAGGAGGAGAGCCCCUGAGCAGCUCCUCUGCGACCCAAGGACCAAAACCCCGUCUUGUGUUGCAUCACAGGAGAGGCAAAGUACAAAGCUGAAAUGCAUGAUUCCUCCAGUGAACGGUCUGUCUUGUUCUCGGGUGCAGGGAGCUGUGAUCAGUCCUACAGGAAAGAGGGUUGUGUCAGAAUUCAAAGAUGUUAGUGCUCCCACCGUACAGUUGG